AUGCAGACAAUUACACUUUUGGCUCUUCUUGCCUGCAUUGCUGUUCCAAUCUUCGCCGAUUUCGACCACCUUCGCGCCAGACGUGACGUUGUUGAAGCUUCAGGAGAAGGAUCCGGAGAAUCAUCUGGAGAGAAAAUCGUAGAAUCUUCCGGAGAAGGAUCCGGGGAAUCUUCUGGAGACAAGAUCGUUGAGGCUUCUGGAGAGGGAAGUGGAGAAGGAUCGGGAGCCUCUGAUGCUGUUCUCGAAUCAUCUGGAGAAGGAUCCGGAGAAAACUUGAGCAAUGGAAUCGUUGCUUCCGAUGCCCCAAAGGACGUGAAAGCUUUGACCGCUUCUGAAUUCGCCGUCUCCGUUUAA